CCAAGAACCAGUGCGAGGCAGGACCGAAUUUUGCAGCGAAUGGCACUGCAAGAUAGGAAAAAAAGCUCUAAAGCACUCGCCGCCGAAUUGCGCGAGGCGCAAGGGAUUGUGUUGUCAGCAAGGAGUGUUAGGCGAGGGCUCGUGGAAAAGGAUUUGCAUGGAAGAAAGGCGCGGCGGAUGCCACUGCUGACGGAGAGGCAGAAACAAUUGCGUCUUUCUUGGGCAAAAACAUACAAGGAUUGGACGGCAGAAGACUGAGCUAAGGUGAUAUGGACGGAUGAAUCCAAUGUAGAGUUAUUUGGUCAACCUGGGACUCGGUACGUGCGACGAAGACCCGGGGAAGCUUAUCGGGAAGAAUGUCUUAUCCCUACUGUGAAAUUUGGAGGAGGCAGUAUCAUGAUUUGGGGGUGCAUGUCUGCCAGUGGCGUCGGCGAAGUUUUUUUAUGCGAGGGCCGUAUGACCUCUAGGCGGUAUUUGGACAUGCUUGAGGAGGUUUUGGAGCCUUCCAUUUUACAGUUAGUGGAUACCGAGCAAGGGAAUUAUUUUUUUCAACAAGAUAAUGCCCCCUGCCACAAAUCCCGCGAAGCGAUGCGUUGGUUUGAAGAGAAUGGGGUUAACCUGUUAUCGUGGCCGCCCCAGUCCCCAGAUCUCUCACCAAUUGAAAAUUUAUGGCACAUUGUAAAGAGUAAGAUUGCACAACAUCACUGCGCUUCAAAAACUGCGCUAAAAGAAAAAAUUGUUGAAGAAUGGAACGCAAUUCCUGCAGCUACCUGUCUGAAAUUAGUGUCUAGUAUGCCACGAAGAGUGAAAUUAGUAAUAAAAGCUGGAGGGGGCUCCAUAAAAUAUUAAUAAAAU